UUCCAACGUCCAAACAGACCCCUUCCUUGAUUUCUUCUAUUUUUUUUUUUCUCUCCUCUCUAUUCCUCACUCUCUCUCACUCUCUUCCUCGCGUCACUUGGCCCGCCACUAUCAGUCAGAAUCUGACCGGAAAAUCAAGAGUUUUCGCUCUAGGUUCGUCUACUCAAAGAAAUACGCAAUCAUGGCAGAUGACAAUAGCAACGAUGUGAAGGAGGAAGUGGCAGAUAUUGCCCCAUUUGAUCCUACUAAAAAGAAGAAGAAAAAGAAGGUUGUAAUUCAGGAUCCUGCUGCUGAUGAUUCUGUGGACAAUUUGGCUGAGAAGGCUGAAAACUUGUCAGUUUCUGAUGGGCUUGAAAGUACUUUCUCUGGGUUAAAGAAGAAGAAGAAGAAGCAAGUAGAAACCCCUUUGGAUGAUGAGAAUGGGGAUGUAGGGGAAGAUUUGGAUGAUCAUACUGGGAAGGAUGAAGAAGGAGACGGAAUUAUGCUACAGCCACGUUAUCCAUGGGAAGGAAGUGAUCGCGAUUAUGAAUAUGAGGAGCUUCUUGGUAGGGUGUUUAACAUUCUUCGGGAGAACAAUCCAGAGCUGGCUGGAGAUAGGCGUAGGACGGUUAUGAGGCCUCCACAAGUUCUUCGUGAGGGCACAAAGAAAACUGUUUUUGUGAAUUUCAUGGAUCUUUGCAAGACGAUGCAUAGACAGCCAGAUCAUGUCAUGGCUUUCCUGUUGGCUGAAUUGGGGACAAGUGGAUCACUUGAUGGGCAGCAAAGAUUAGUUGUGAAGGGACGAUUUGCACCCAAGAAUUUUGAAGGAAUCCUGCGCCGAUAUAUCAAUGAGUAUGUCAUUUGCAUUGGAUGCAAAAGUCCAGACACUAUACUUUCGAAGGAGAAUCGGCUCUUCUUUCUCCGAUGUGAGAAGUGUGGUUCUGGACGAUCAGUUGCUCCGAUUAAAGCUGGUUUUGUUGCUCGUGUUGGCCGGAGGACUGCCGGGACAUGAUCUGGCCUGGGGUUCUUUAUCUAGUAGGAGAUUCAUAGUUGAGUGGUUCAUUAACCCCAAGAAUUUUGAGUUUUUUGUCUGCUUGCAAAUAUACUCUUUGUUUGAGUGGAAGUCAACUAUUGUACCUCUUUGUAUGCGGGUUUUGAUGCGGAGAUGCCUUCUUUUACAGUUUGCUUGAAAUGAUUAUAGACUGUCUUUUUGA